AUGCAGAAAGCCACUGUCCCAGAGAUGGAAAGCAGAGUAAGACAGAAAGAAGGAAAAGACACCUUUGACACUGUAAAGAUUAAACUCAAUAGAAUCAAGAGAGAGAUGGAGAGUUUUUGGGAUGUGCUGGAAGACAGUCAAAACCAACUGGAAGUGACUCUGAGAAAGAAGCAGGAGCUGAAGACAGAGAUGGCUGGAAUGGAAUACAUGAAAUCUGACUCUGAAAAGCAAAAACAAGACACAGACGUAAGCAUGAAGAUAACACAGUGGGUAACAGAGUUGAAGGGUAAUAUGCAGAGGCAAACACAAGCUAUAGAGAACAUGUUUGCACAGGUCCAGUCUGAACGAGAUGAGAUAGAAAUAAUCAAAACUAAAAUACAGAGAGAGAAAGAAAACAUUGAGAGAGACAGGCAGUUAGCUAAAGUAGAAAUGGAUGCAAUGAAGUGUAUGAGGGAAAGUACUGAAAGGAAAAAAUGGGAGCUGGACAGCAAGUUAGAAAUGACUAUGAAAGAGAUGAGAGAGAUGGAAGUGAUGCGCACUGAGAUUGAAAUAAAGAAAAAGGACCUGGUAAAAAUGAUAAGAAUGAACAGGAGACAGAAGGAAGAGAUCAGCAAGAUAAAGGAAGAGGUUGAACAUGCUAAACAAGACAUGAAGGAAAGACAAGAUGAGACUAAGGGGCAGAAGUCAAAGCAGGUGCUGGAAGUGAACAUAGAGGGCAGAUUUGAUGAGCAGAAGAUAAGACUUCAACAGGUUGACAGCACCAGAGAAAUAAUACAACAUACAGAAAAUCAGCUUGAGGAAGACAGCAUGGAGACCAAGAACAAAUUGAACAGUGACAUGCAAAGAGUGAUUCUUGAAAUCAAAGAAAUCAGAAAUAUGCUGCACAGUGUAGGAAGAGAUACAGAGCAAAUCAGGAGGGACUUUACAGAAGAAAAGAACCAAAUCAAAUGGAUGACUUUUCAAGCAAAGAAAAUGAGACAGAAGCUUGACCAACAAUUGGAGAAGACCAGGAAAGAGAGGCACGAGCUAGAAAUUAUGAAGAUAAAGAUACAACGAGAAAGGGAGGAGUUUGAACAAAAACUGAAAGAUACAACAACUACAAUUCUGACUAUGGGCGAGAUAAAAGCUAACAUAGAAAAAGCUGCUGUAGAGAUGAACAAUACCCGGGAGGAGAUGAUCCAAGCCCAAGGGAAGAUGGAGAAGAACAAGGAAGAAGUCAAAACAUACACUCUGAGAUGA